CUCUGGCGUAGUCACCAGCAUUAAAAUGGCAGUGGUACCGAAGGACUAUCCAAAGAGCAGGCUCAGCGAAAAAGAAAUGGAGCUGGUACAGCAGGCUCUUCUAGCAAGGAUAGAACCAGACUCAGAGACUAAGCCACAAUUUCAGGGAACCAAAUUCGAGCAGGGAGCACUGAUGCUGUACUGCAGAGACUUGGUUACCAAAAUUUGGCUGCAGGAUAAGACGGCUACUCUGGUACCCUGGGAAGGGGCAGAGCUGAAGGCGGUCCUUGCAAAGGACCUCAUCGUAAGCUGCAGGGUCAUCUUUGAAGCACCAGCAGAGUUGAAGAAGGCAAAGCCGUCCGAGAUCUUGGAAAAGAUCGAGGGACAGAACGGUGGACUUCUUACCAAAGACUGGAAAGUUAUACACUCAAAGGAGACCACGAUAAAGAUGGAAGAGGCGAACAAAGAGUGGCAGAAUGCUGAAGGCAUGAGACAUUCCAAGCAAAUGCUGGAAGGCUACUCAAGGAAAAUGACUGCAAACCUGUUGCAUCGUAGCAGGGAGCAGCUAGGUAUACUGUCAGGAUUACUGACAGGACACAAUCUCCUGCGGAAACACAUGCACAGGAUGGGUAUCUUCAAGGAUGAACCAAAGUGUAGGCUGUGUGAGGUAGAAGAGGAAACUGCAGAGCAUAUCAUCUUCGACUGUGAAGCUCUGGAAAAGAAAAGACAGGACAUCCGAGGAGAUAACCCCUGGGAUGACUGUCUAGCACCUGAGUUAGUUGCGGGCACUCUCCUCCAACUUGUUGAAGGGGAGGGCUUCUGGGACUAA